AUGCAUCUGCAUGAAGGUCUGGCUGUGGCAGGCUCUAUCCUCUACUACACGUUGUUUCCAUUUUACUACAUCAUUUUGUUGCUCGUGAGGUUGAUUCUCAUUCUCUUAUCACCUGUAAUCUAUUUGGGCUAUGUCUUCAAGGAAGCCACGAUGAUACCGGUCAGAGUACUUGCUCACUUCGAGGCAUUAUGGUACUUCCUUGGCGCAGCGGUCGUCAUCGGUGUCAUCUUCGGGCUGGGCCUCCACUACACAAUGCGCGUGAUCACAGUCGUGUUGAAGCUUGACCGAAAACCCGAGCCAAAGCAUGAGCCAGCAGAGGCGUCGGAGAAAUCAACAGACGAGCAGCUCCCCCGAGAGGCAACAACGACUCGCGACAGAUGCCCGAAGAAGAACGGCAGCACCGCUAGUCCAGGAGCCUCGCGGCAGGAUCACGAUGCCUCAACCUGCUUCGUCGGCUAG